UUCCUUCAUCUUCAUAGAAACAAAUAGAGAAGAAAUAGAGACAAUUCCCCAAUUUCCAUUUCGCUAACCGACGCAACUCUCGUUUCCAUAGUUCAAACGUCGUCGUCGUCGUUUUCUUGAUGCUUCUUCUUCUUCUUCUUCUUCUUCUUCUUCUUCUUCUUCUUUUAAACCCAGUUUUCUUUUUUCAUUCUUAACAAGACUAUACUCUCACUCUAGCUUUGUUCCCAAUUAUGUUGAUGUUGAUAACGCUAUUUCUUCAUUCAACAGUUUUUCCAUCGAAUUUGAAUCUCCAUUCUGAUUAACACUACCUAGCCAGAAGCAAUGUUGAAGAAAGCUUUCGAAACCCCUCGCUUCUUCGGGUUCCGCCGCAACCACAACAAUUCUCUCACAACCUCUUCCGUUAGUUCCGACCAACGAGGUAUUCGUUUCUGCAUCUGGGUAGCUCUCAAAUUUGAGAAUCUUAGCUACGAACCUUAUUGCUUGGUUAACCGUAUCAUUUUCCAUAAAAAUUGGUAUUCCAUUUACUGGGAAGCUCUUGAGCUUCUCAAGAAAAAUGGUGUUUUAGUAACUUCAGAUUCCGUUAGAGCUUUGGUUAGAUCUUAUUCUCAUAUGGGUUAUACCGAAAAAGCUAUAGAAUCAUUCAGUAGAAUGCGUGAAUUUGGUAUUGAACCUGAUGCUCAUAUGUAUAACACAAUUUUGAGAGAUGUGUUGAAUGAAAAGUUACUUGAGCUUGCUCUUGCAUUGUAUACUACCAUGCUUAAAUCCAAUGUUGAGCCUAAUUUUUAUACUUAUAAUAUGUUGAUUGAUGGCUUUUGUAAAAGGGGUGAAGUUAAGGGCGCACAGGAGAUGCUCGAUGAAAUGAAGAGAGUUGGUAUUGUUCCUUGUGUCCUAUCGACGACUUCGAUUCUUUAUGGGUGUUGUCAGGCGAACAAUGUGGAUGAGGCGCAUAAGUUGUUUAAUGAUAUGAAAGAAACAAGCUACCCGCCAGAUAUGAUUUCUUGUAACGUUGUUCUUAAUGGGUUUUGCAAGAUGGGGAGGCUAGAGGAAGCACUUUCUUUUGUAUGGAUGAUAAAGAACGAUGGUUUCUCCCUUAAUCGAAAUAGCUAUGCUUCUCUUAUUAAUGCAUUUUUUAAGGCAAGGAGAUAUAGGGAAGCACAUGCGUGUUAUACAAAGAUGUUUAAGGAGGGGAUUGUGCCUGAUGUUGUUUUGUACGCUAUUAUGAUACGUGGUUUGUCGAAGGAGGGCAGGGUUGGUGAAGCUGCUAAGAUGUUAGAGGAGAUGACUCAGAUAGGUUUAACUCCUGAUUCUUAUUGCUACAAUGCUGUAAUUCAAGGUUUAUGUGAUGUAGAUCUUUUGAAUCGAGCACAGUCUCUUAGUCUUGAAAUUUCCGAGCACAAUGUUUGCACGCACACAAUUCUCAUAUGUGAAAUGUGUAAGCGAGGAAUGGUUGCUGAGGCACAAGAAUUAUUUAAUCAAAUGGAGAAGCUUGGAUGUGAACCUUCGGUUGUGACCUUCAAUACGCUUAUAAAUGGACUGUGCAAAGCUAAAAAUCUUGAGAAAGCAAAAAAUUUAUUUUGCAAGUUGGAGGUUGGGAGAAGACAUUCGUUACACCUCAGUCUUUCUCAGGGUUCUGGUCAGGUUUCUGAUAGUGCCAGGCUCCUGAAAAAGGCAAAGGAAAUGUGUGAGGCGGGACAAAUUUUGAGGGCUUACAAGUUAAUCACUGAUCUUGCUGGCGAGGUUAAGCCUGACAUCAUUACAUACAACAUUCUACUCAAUGCCCUUUGCAUGGAUCGUGAAGUUAACGCUGCUUAUAAUUUUUUUGAGUUCCUGCAAAAGAAGGGUUAUCCCUCACCCGAUAAUGUUACGUAUGGGACAAUUAUCAAAGGGCUGUUCAUGGUUGAUAGAGAAGAUGAGGCAUUUAAGGUUUUUCAACGUAUGCAGAAGACUGGCUCUGAACCUACCCUUUCAGUUUAUAGAACACUUAUGACUUGUUUGUGUAGAAAGAGCAAGGUCUCACGUGCAUUCACUCUUUAUUUGGAACAUUUGAAGAGCCUUCCUAGUCGGGACAACGACUCAAUCAGUACUCUAGAAAAAUAUUUAUUCGGAGAAAAAUUGGAACAAGUGAUUCGAGGUUUACUUGAACUGGACUUCAAGGCCAGAGAUUUUAAAUUAGCUCCAUAUACAAUUCUACUUAUUGGGUUCUGUCAAGCAGGAAAAGUAUCCGAAGCAUUAAUUAUAUUAUCUGUUCUUGAUGAGUUCAAUAUCAAAAUCAACGCUACAAGUUGUGUACAUUUGAUCAGAGGCCUUUGUAAGGAACAGAGGCUACAUGAUGCAGUAAAAAUAUUUCUUUACAGUCUUGAGAAGGGUUUCAUGUUGAAGCCAAUGAUUUGUAAUCACCUCCUCACGUGUCUUCUUUAUUCCCGAGAUUAUAAGGAGUGUGCUGUUGAUCUUAUUGAUAGGAUGGAAUCUUUUGGAUACCGUUUAAAUUCAGAAGAAUUUGCAACGACAUUGACACUUUUACACCACUACCAAAAAGGAAGGAAAAGAAAAAUAACCAUCAGAAAAGAUUAAAUUACACUGAUUGAUUUAGAUGAAUGAGUUUCUUUAUGUGGCUCUUCAGUGAAUAUCCCCAGUUACGAAAAUGGUCGUGAAUCAAGAGACCACUACACUUUUUGAUGAACCAAAGAGCUGAUGUCGUCAAGCCAAUUUUUUUGCUCUAUUGUCCCUCAUUACAUCCUGUAGACCUUUGAUUUGAGGUGUUUUAGGGGUGUUUCGGUUUGUUGUAUGCUUCAGUAUAUUUCUUUGUAUACACCUCAGAGACUCGAGCAAAUAUCGGCAAAGAAGAUUUGAAGACUACUAUUUCCCAUGCACACAUUAAUUGUGGAGAUAUCUCAUAUAUAAUAUACUUGUAGGUUAGCGUUCAUGCUGAAUUACACAUGACAAUGGAUGAUGAAAUAGGCCGCCAAAAUUUAAGAAUUUCCUUGACGGAUGUAUCGUGGAUGUUUGCCCAUUAGAGUUCGGUUGCAAGACAAAAGGUGCAGUUUCCAGUAUCUUGUGUUACUCGUGAUGAUGAUGUGGAGGAUCUAGGUCAUGUUUUGUUUCAUUGCCCUUUUGUAGUUCAAAAGCAAGGCAUUUACCUGGCUUAUGGGAUGACAUCACUAUUGCUCUCCAAAACACCGAUUCCGGGGAGGAAGCCAUUUUUAUCUGGAUUCAUAAUUUGCAGGUCGACAUGUAACAGAGUUUGACUACGUUAUUACAACAUGUCAGAAUCUUUUUUUCCUCACAUUUUACAAACUCUAGGGUGGAGUUUAAUAGGCGACAAGCAAAUGUGGUUACUCGUGUCCUUGCAGGCAAGCUAGCCCCAUAAUUCAUUC